CCGAGCGCCCGCCCCCUUGAGUAUAAAAGCCUCCCCAGGGGGGUCAGCCCCAGACGGUUUCCGAGCUGGCUGUCGCGCCCUGCACGUCCCGCUGACCGCGUGCCCGUUCCUGAGAAAUGUCUGGCGACGGGACAGAAGCCACCGUCAGCAGCAGCCCGGUGACAGCGGAAGAACCGGUACAGCAGCCGAGCGUGGUGGACCGCGUGGCCGGCAUGCCCCUCAUCAGCUCCACCUGCAACAUGGUGUCGGCGGCCUACGCCUCCACCAAGGAGAGCCACCCCCACGUCAAGACCGUCUGCGACGCGGCCGAGAAAGGCGUGAAGACCCUCACGGCGGCCGCCAUCAGCGGGGCCCAGCCCAUCCUCUCCAAGCUGGAGCCCCAGAUCACGUCAGCCAGUGAGUACGCCCACAGGGGGCUGGACAAGCUGGAGGAGAAUCUGCCCAUCCUGCAGCAGCAGACGGAGAAGGUUCUGGCAGACACCAAGGAGCUGGUCUCAUCCAAGGUCUCGGGGGCCCGAGAAGCCGUGUCCAACACCGUGUCCAGCGCCAAGGACACAGUGGCCACCCGAGUGACGGAGGCGGUCGAUGUGACCCGGGGCGCUGUGCGGACUGGUGUGGAUGCCACCAAGUCUGUGGUGGCCAGUGGCGUCCAGUCGGUCAUGGGCUCCCGGGUGGGCCAGGUGGUGCUGAGCGGGGUGGACACGAUGCUGGGCAAGUCUGAGGAAUGGAUGGACAACCACCUGCCCAUGACGGACGCUGAGCUGGCCCGCCUCGCCACGUCCCUGGAGGGCUUCGACAUCGCGUCGGUGCAGCAGCAGCGGCAGGAGCAGAGCUACUUCGUGCGUCUGGGCUCCCUCUCGGAGCGGCUGCGCCAGCGGGCCUACGCUCACUCUCUGGGCAAACUGCAGCUGACCCGCCAGCGGGCCCAGGAGGCCCUGCUGCAGCUGGCACAGGCGCUCAGCCUGAUGGAAACCGUCAAGCACGGAGUCGACCAGAAGCUGCUGGACGGUCAGGAGAAACUGCACCAGAUGUGGCUCAGCUGGAACCAGAAGGAGCUCCGGGGCACCGAGGAGAACCCAGCCAAACCAGAGCAGGUGGAGUCCCAGACGCUUACCAUGUUCCGCGACAUUGCCCAGCAGCUGCAGAACACCUGUGCCUCGCUGGGGUCCAGCAUCCAGGGGCUGCCCUCCCACGUGAAGGACCAGGUUCAGCAGGCUCGCCACCAGGUGGAGGGCCUCCAGGCCACCUUUUCUGGCGUCCAUUCCUUCCAGGACCUGUCCAGCACUAUCCUGACGCAGAGCCGAGAGCAGGUGGCCAAGGCCCGAGAGGCCCUUGACCACAUGGUUGAGUACGUGGCCCAGAACACGCCCAUCAUGUGGCUGGUGGGACCCUUUGCCCCGGGAGUCGCUGAGAAGGCCCCAGAGGAGAAGAAAUAGGACAGUCAGAAGGGGGCUCGAGGGACCUAGUCUUUCCCUGAGGGGUCAGCACCAGCGCUGGACCCUUCGCCCCCUCGCCUCGCUUGGAACGUGUUUCUUCCCUUCCCCCUGGCCCAUCUCAGCUACCACCUCGGGGAGCGCCCUCUGCCGCCUCGGAGAAAGCACUGCCUGCCUUCAUCAGUCAUUAGGGGGAGGUUUCCAGAAACAGAUUUUUUUCUAGGAGGCCCCCAGGCCCCCUCCAAAUUUUUUCUUCCUAGAAACAAAGGCCAGGUUUCUUACAUCCCACCUGUGCCACAUCAAGGCCCCGGGAUAUCCGCCUUUAGCUAACGGACUUGGACUUCUGGCUUGCAACGUGGCCCUUCUGGGGUGUGGGGUGGAGGCAGAACCGCUGAGACCCAUUCCGGAGCGGACGGGGGGCGGGGGGCCCUGGGGCCUGCCCGGCCGCUCGCGGGUGCCUGGAGUGUCACCGUUGCCUUAAUAAAUCUCACCUGCCGCUGAGUACAGGCUGUGUGCGCA